AUGUUGGCUUUGAAGCCUCCGUCGAUCUCCUUCGACAAGGUCCUCCCAUGUAAGAAGACCCACCACCGGAGCCCUACGCCCCUCCUCCGAUCACGCAGGACGGCGGUGGCGGCGGCGGCUUCUGGCGGCGGCGCCGCCACCGUGGCGGUGGUGGACUCGCCGACGCGGGUGGAGAUACUGUCGGAGGCGCUACCGUACAUCCAGCAGUUCCGAGGGAAGACGAUCGUCGUCAAGUACGGCGGCGCCGCCAUGAAGUCGCUGGAGCUGCAGGACUCGGUGGUGAAGGACCUCGUCCUGCUCUCCUGCGUGGGGCUCCGCCUGGUCGUCAUCCACGGCGGCGGGCCGGAGAUCAACUCAUGGCUGACCCGGCUCAACAUCCAGCCGCAGUUCCUUAACGGGCUCCGAGUCACGGACGCGGCCACCAUGGAGAUCGUGGAGAUGGUCCUCGUGGGGAAGGUCAACAAGUCCCUCGUCUCCCUCAUCAACCGCGCCGGCGGGACGGCGGUGGGGCUCUCCGGCAAGGACGGCCGCCUACUCGCCCCUCGACCCGCCCCCAACUCGGCCGGGCUGGGUUUCGUCGCGGACGUAGCCCGAGUCGACCCGACCAUCCUCCUCCCCAUCCUCUCCUCGGGCCACAUCCCCGUCAUCGCCUCGGUGGCGGCUGACGAGGCCGGCCAGGGGUACAACAUCAACGCGGACACGGUGGCAGGAGAGAUCGCGGCGGCCGUCGGGGCGGAGAAGCUGAUCCUGCUGACGGAUGUUCCGGGAAUCUUGGAGGACCGGAACGACGUGGCGAGCCUGGUGAAGGAGAUCGACAUAAAGGGGGUGAGGAAGAUGGUGGAAAUGGGGAAGGUGGCGGGGGGGAUGAUCCCCAAGGUUACCUGCUGCGUGAGGUCGCUGGCUCAGGGGGUGAGGACGGCCAGCAUUAUAGACGGCAGGAAGCCGCACUCUCUUCUUCUGGAGCUGCUCACUGGGGACGGCGCCGGCACCAUGAUCACCGGAUGA